GUGUGGAACUUCAGAGAAGAGGAAUGACAUGGAUCUUUACCACUGGAAAGCUGAAUGAUUAUUGGUCAAAUGAUGUCUUUUUUCCAGGGUGUUUUAGCAGUGUAUUUCUGUGGCUUGGCACACAGGGAUAUUUGUUUGUGUUGUUGACAUGUAGGCCAGUCCUAACUAAAGGGAGUGAGGGGCUGAGCUGUGGGAAUGAAAACGGAAGCAACUGUGACCUCAUGACAAUUGACAACAGAGCAGUGAAAUAUGAGUGGGGGUUACGACGUGGACCUGUUUGUUGACGGUCCCGACUAUGACCUGCUCUGCACCAUCUGUAGAGCUGUCCUGAGGUGUCCUGUCAGAGUGGCCUGUAACCAUGUCUUCUGCAAGACCUGCAUCCUACAGUGGCUCAGGAGACAGGAGACGUGUCCCUGCUGUAGGAACACUAUCAGUCCCAGCUUUAUGUUCGUCAUGUACAAAUUGAGUAAAACUAUCAGCCGCCUCAGGAUUAAGUGUAACAACGAGGGAUGCUCAGCCACUUUCCCUCUGUGUGAGGAGUUCCUCCAUAGUUCCUCCUGCCAGUUCCAGAGGGUCCCAUGCCCCCACCAGGGCUGUGGUUCCUUGGUGCCCCGCUCAGCCCUGGAGGUCCACUCACAGCACUGCCAGCACUGGACCCAGCUCUGCCCCAUGGGCUGUGGUACUCUGCUCACACAGGCCACCCAGCCCCAGCACAACUGCUUCAGGCAGCUGAGGCAGCAUGUGGAGGCCCAGAGGCAGAGCCACAGAGCCAUCGCUAGCGCCCUCCGGAGAAAGAUGGGGAGAAUGCAGACCGCCAUGACACACGUCAGGAGGCAGGUGGCGCUCAUCUGUGAGAGCCUAGAGGUCAUGGGAGAGGGGGAGGCAGAAGGGGAGGGGGAGGAGGGUGGAGAGGUGUAUGAGGGAUAUGGAGAGGGGGAGACAACAGGGGAGAGUAACACAAGCAGCAGUAGCAGCAGCUCUUGA